CUCAAAUCAUCCCUUUCUCUCUCUCUGAAUUUCUCUUCUCUCAAACCUUUUCCUCUCAAGAUGCAUCCAUGGCUCCAAACUGUAAUCGACAUGUGCACGGGGAAGAACAAAGGAGAUAUCAAGGCUUUCAACGAUGAUCCUCUCGGAAGAUCGAUCAGUCUCGAAAAACACUGCUUCGGAGAAUUUUCCAUGGCUAGUGUUCAAGCCAAUGUGUUCAUGGAAGAUCAAAGCCAGGUCGAAGUUGCAUCCAACAAUGCACUCUUUGUUGGCAUUUACGACGGUCACGGUGGCGUCCACGCUUCCUCGUUCCUCGUUGAACAGCUCUUCAGAAAGCUAUUGAGGAUAGCUCACGAGAAUGAUGAUACUAUAACCGAAGAUACUCUAAGAGACGCUGUUUCUGCUACGGAAGCUGAUUUUAUGACUUACGUCAACAACAAUUUUAAUAUAAUGCCACAUCUAUCAAAAGUUGGUUCAUGCUGUCUUGCUGGAGUUAUAUGGAAAAAGACGCUAUACAUCGCGAAUCUUGGAGAUUCGCGCGCCAUCAUUGCUUCUUUGGUGAAUGGAGUACCGAGAGUUGAACAAUUGACAAGAGAUCACAAUUGUAGUUAUGAAGUUAUUAGAGAAGAACUCAUGUUAGAGUACCCACAUGAUCCCGAAAUUGUGAUGAUGAGGAAUGGAGCGUGGCGCGUUAAAGGCAUCAUUGAGGUUACUAGAACUAUUGGUGAUGCAUAUUUGAAAAGGCCUGAUUUUACUUUUCGCGAUUCGUUUCCCAACGAUCCGAAUGGGCCUAAACUUCCUAGUAGCUGUGUGCUAUCAGCAGAACCUGAGAUGCGUUCGAGGCCUUUAAGAGAUAGUGAUAAGUUUCUUAUAUUUGCUUCUGAUGGACUUUGGGAUUUCAUGACAAAUGAACAAGCUGCUCAAAUUGUUUCAAGCAAUCCAAGAAAUGGAAUUGCGAAAAGGCUUUUGAGUGUUGCGCUGGCGGAAGCUGGUAGAAGAAGGGGAGUUACCUAUGCGAACAUUCAGGCUGCUCAGCCAGGACGUGACAAUCUGAGCAGGAGGUCUUUUCAUGACGAUAUAAGUGUGAUUGUUGUGUUCUUAGACAGAAUGUCGUUUCUGAGGACACGCCCACUUAAUAUCUCCUACAGAGGCUCAAAUGCGGAGUCUCGACCAUCUGAUUUCGCAAACUCUGGAUUAACCUCUUUGGACCUGAAGCCAAUGAGUCCUCGGCGUCUGAAGGAGACUUUCAGAAGACGGAUGAAAACAAAAUCUAGCAGCCCUCGGACUCCUGAGAGUCCUCUGGGUGAAAGCUCUCGGGCUAGGGACACUGACAACCUUAUUAAUCAGAGCCCUCCGACUCCUCGAAGCCGUUGGGAGUCUCUGAAAAAGCGGAUUUUUCCAAAUCGAAGACGAAUAUGAGCUGUUACAACUUCCUUCAAGUCACAGAGAUCUGUUAAAAAAGUUAAUUGUUCGACUCUUUUUCUUUUUACUGCAUCGAGUUGGAUUUAUAGAAGUGUCAAUUUCAUGUGAUAUAUUGAUUUUUCAUAGAGCUAUAGGAGAUAAGAACUAUAUGAGAGUUGUUUUUCACUCAGUUGUACAUAUUUGAAUAAGUGUCCUGGAGUUUGUGACACAAGGAUUAUGAAUUGGAAGUUAAAACAUAUUCUGAAAU